AUGGCAAUUGACUGGCUUGGAUUUGGCUAUGCUGCAGCCAUAGCCCUGGGGGGGUUCAUGGGAUACAAGAAAAAAGGUAAGCGUUUCCAGUCAAGCAGUUCAAAAUGCACAAAGCAAUUUCAUUGACCCUGUUAACAAGACGAUGGCAAGUAAUAUCUAUUUUUGACUACAGGUAGUGUCAUGUCACUGAUAGCUGGGCUAUUGUUUGGCAGCAUAGCCGCCUAUGGGGCCUUAAUGAUUUCAAAUGACCCAACCAAGACUUUCUACUCCCUCGGUAUGUAUGCCUGCUUUGCUGGGAUGUGUUGGUCACCGGAAACCUCAAUGAAAUAUAAUUUAUUAUUUUAGGCCUUGACAUGUCUUGAAAUAGCAUUUAAAUAAAUGUAUAAAUCUUCUUUCUUUUCUCAGUUGCCUCAGGAGCGCUGACACUAGUGAUGGGAAUGAGAUUCAAGAAAUCUGGGAAAAUAAUGCCAGCUGGCAUCAUGGCAGGACUAAGGUGAGAAUCAUCAAUCGUGCACUAUAGUCUGUAUUGCGUGGGUUUGAUAUAUAUGGAGGUUAACGUUACAUUUAACUCCUUGCUGCUUUUCAUUGUAUUUUGAUGUUUCUUACAAUUGACCCUGUGUUGAAAUGAUUUAAUUUGAAACAUUAACGUGCACAAUCAAUAUGAAGUUAUCAUAUCUGGUUUCUCUAUUCAGUUUGCUGAUGGUCCUGCGACUUCUCUUCAUGAGCGUGAUUGUAAUGUGA